AUGGCGGUUCGUUUACCUUCUGCACCCCUUUCGGAGCACAAAGCCUGGGACCCCCGGGUGCUUGGGAAUGAGGCCAUGGAACUGUGUCGAACCAGACGAAAGCAUCUCCAGGAGCGACAGAGCAGACUCCGCCUCCUCCAUCCCUCCCUCCCUUCCUUACCCCUCGCUCGCCUGCUCCACACACUCGUUCUCGCUCCCUCUCUCUCUUUCUGUCAGUGUCAUUCAGUUGUGGAGAUGUGGAGUAUCGUGCUGGCGUUGUGUGUGCUUUUCCAGCCAAAUUCAGCGGAGGAAGUGAUGUUGCUGGACACGUCAGAGUCGACCUCGGAGCUGGGCUGGACCACGUAUCCGGACACAGGGUGGGAUGAGGUCUCCGUACUAGACGACAAAGGGAAGCUAAUCCGGACUUUCGAGGUGUGUAAUGUGAACCAAAACGCUCGGCAGCAGGAUAACUGGCUGGCCACUCCUUUCCUGCUCCGACGCUCCGCUCCGAGGGUCUUCGUCACUCUGACCUUCUCCGUCCGGGACUGUGCCAGCCUGCGCUCGCCCUCCCCCUCCUGCAGAGAGACGCUCACGCUGUACUACAAACAGGCCGACUCGCAGAGGGAGCUGGAGAGGACCUGGGCAGCAGAGCCGUCCAGCGGGGACAGGGAGACGAGGGAGGGCUGGGUGAAGAUCGACACCAUCGCGGCCGACAAAAGCUUCUCUAAAGUGGAGCCCAGUUCUCCGCACCAGUACCAGCCGAACCGCUACAGCCGCAUCAACGUGAAGACGCGCAGCUUUGCCCCGCUCACACGAAAUGGAUUCGUCCUGGCCAUCGUGGACAGUGGAGCCUGCGUCUCUCUCAUGGGCGUGUCCAUCUUUUACCGCCGCUGUCCUAGCACCAGUCUGCACUUGGCGUCGUACCCGGCCACAGCCUCCGGGGCAGAACCCACCGCCCUUGUACCGGUGACGGGUACGUGCGUGCCCCACAGCAAAGCCCAGGGCGGCUCUCCGCGCAUGCACUGUAACGCAGAGGGGGAGUGGAUGGUGCCCGUGGGAGGAUGUGUCUGCGACGAAGGUUAUGAGCCCAACCACAACGGGUCGGCCUGCCUCGCGUGUCAGAGUGGUUACUUCAAGUCCGUGUCUGGCCCCGCCCCCUGCUCGCUGUGCCCCCCCAACAGUCGGACCAGUCUGGACGGAGCCUCAGUGUGCGAGUGUCGGAGCGGCUUCUACCGAGCGGCCAGCGACGCCAACUCCUCUGCCUGCACAACUCCUCCUUCUGCCCCUGUGGCCCUGACCUGGGAGUACGAGAGCGGAGACGGAGGCGUGUCUCUGAGAUGGCGCCCUCCGACGGACAUGGGAGGUCGUAGCGAGGUGUGGUACGGCGUGGUGUGUCGGAUCUGCCCCUCCCCCACGAUCUCUAACCCCACCCUGUGCUCCUGGUGCGGGGAGGGCGUCACUUUCAGCCCGUCUCAGACCAACCUGAAGCAGACCAAAGUCACUCUGAACAACCUGCUGACCCGAGUCACGUAUCUCAUACAGGUGCAGGCCAUGAACGAGGUGUCAGCGCUCAGUCCUUUUCCUGCUCGCUACACAAGCAUCAAUUUCACCACCAGUCAGUCAGUCCCCAGUAUAGUUCCCAUGAUGCACCAGCUGAGCCGCGCCCCAGACUCUAUUACUCUGUCCUGGCCUCAGCCCGAUCGGCCCAACGGAGACAUCCUGGAAUAUCAGCUCCGGUACUUUGACAAGGGGUCAGACGAGGACAGCGCUCACACCGUCUUCAGUGAGACAAACACCGUGAGCGUCGGGUCGCUGGUCCCCGGAUCCAUCUACGCCUUCCAGAUCCGAGCACGAAACGAACGCGGCUUUGGACCCUACAGUAACACCAUCUACUUCACCACCCUGCCCCUGGAGGAGCACUCGCAGCAGAUCGAGCACAGGCUGCCGCUGCUCGUGGGCUCCGUGAUGGGAGGAGCCGCCUUCCUCCUCGUCGUCAUCGCCAUCAUCGUGGUCGUGGUGUUUCGCAGUAAGAGAAGAGAAAGCCCGUACAGCGACCGACUGCAGAGAUACAUGAGUAACAAAGGGGGGGUCAAAUAUUACGUGGACCCGUCGACGUACGAGGACCCCAGUGAAGCCGUCAAAGAGUUUGCCCGAGAGAUCGACCCGAUACACCUGAAGAUCGAGGAGGUGAUCGGAGCAGCCCAGUUCGGGGAGGUGUCCCGCGGGCGCUAUCGUCCACUGGGCCGCAGGGAGGUGCUGGUGGCGGUGAAGACUCUGAGGUGGGGGGCUUCUGACCGGGAGAGGGGCAUGUUCCUCAGUGAGGCGGGGGUCCUGGGGCAGUUUGACCACCCCAACGUCCUGAAGCUGGAGGGAGUGGUCACACGCACCACUCCAGAGAGGAUCGUCACGGAGUUUAUGGAGAACGGGCCGCUGGACGCUUUUCUCAGGGAGAACGAGGGUCAGUUCAGUGUGCUGCAGCUGGUUGGGAUGCUGCGAGGAGUGGGAGCCGGGAUGCGGUAUCUCGCCGAAAGGAAUUUUGUCCAUCGAGACCUGGCGGCUCGGAACGUCCUGGUGAAUUCCAACCUGGUGUGUAAAGUGUCGGACUUCGGCCUGUCGCGACUCAUGAGGGGCCUCGAUCACAACAUCCCGACGUACACGGCCUCACUGGGAAGUAAGAUUCCGGUGCGGUGGACGGCUCCAGAGGCAUUCCAGCACAGGAAGUUCAGCUCGGCCAGUGACGUGUGGAGCUUUGGCGUUCUGAUGUGGGAGGUGAUGUCAUACGGAGAGCGGCCGUACUGGGACAUGAGCAACCAGGAGGUGAUGAAGGCGGUGGCAGACCAGUUCCGCCUCCCCGCGCCUCAUAACUGUCCCGCGGCGAUGCACUCUCUGAUGCUGCAGUGCUGGCAGGCGGACCGCGGAGACCGACCCGGCUUUGAUGUCCUGCUCUCCUCAUUGGACAAGCUGAUCCGACAUCCCGCCUCCCUCAAAGCGGAGCCCACACGGAGCUGCUCUCAGCCGCUGCUUAGCCCCACCCCCACAGACCUGUCGUGUGUAGCGACUGUCAGUGAUUGGCUGAGGGCGCUGAGGCUGGAGAGGUACCAGGACGCGUUUGACCGUGCCCACCUGGACUCGUUAGACAGGGUCAGCCGCCUCACCAUGGAUGAGGUGCAGGGCCUCGGGGUGAACCUCAUCGGGCACCAGAGGAAGAUCGUGAGCGCGGCGCAGCAGCUCAGGGCGUUCCUGGCGCAGGGGCAGGUGGAGGUGUGACCCUCCGUCUGUCGUAAAUGGUGCCAGUAACCAUGGUAACCAUCACACAGAGCAUGGUCAUGCCACUGGACAGUGCUGUUUGAUAAACUGGGCACUUUAAAAAGAAAAAAGGUCAAAGUUCAAAUGGACUGGUCCCACCGUGACUGAAGAGAAGCGUAAGAGACUCUGAGAGGACCAGGAACUGUUAAAGAUGAGAACUUCCAUGUUUGUCACUGAACUUCACUUUGGCUUUUCCCGUCCUCACCCUCUGCUCCUACCUCCGACCCGCUCACGUCACUGCUGCAUCCAGACAUGUUUUUGUACUUUAUGUAAUGUAACGGACAGGUCUCACUGCGGGCAGACAAUCAAUCUAUAUAUUUGUAAAAAAUGUAUUACUUUUCUUACCUGAAAGGCCCAAUUCUGUGGAAAACAUGAGCAAAAAAAGGUUGACCUCAAACUACUGCCACAGUGUAAAAGCUCUGAGUGUUAUUGCUGCGGAUGUUUGAUACAGUUCUAUGAUGACUUGUUUUUCUUGUUUUUGGCUCAUGUCCAGAGCAGCACCAGGAGCACGGAGCUGCAGACCGUCGGCUUUGUACAUUUCACUGUUUGUUUGGUUCAAAGUGAAUCACUGUCAUUGAAGCAUUGUGAAUGUGUGUUUGGAGGAUGAAGAAAAAAAAAAAACAUUGCGACUUUACUGAAGAGGACGAGAUGCUUUGUGCUGUUGUAUUUUCAAGUGUCUGAUGUGACUGUGAGACUGAAGUGUGUCGGGCUACACACGCUAGACGUGUUUACAUGUUCACCAGUAUUCCAU